AUGAGGAAGAGGUCUUGGAGAUUAGAGAAGCAAAGAGAAAGCCAUAGAAGGCCACAUUCCAGCAGUCAAAGGUUCUCGUCUAGGUCAAAGUAUGAGUAUAAAGACAGAUUUGGGGAAAAGAAGAAGUAUGAAGAAAAGAAAUACGAGAACAAUUAUGAUGAAAAGAAGAAGAGUGGAAAGGAAGUGGUUGAUGAGAACAAAAAGUGUUACAAUUGUGGAAAGAGAGGACAUUUAGCCGUUAAUUGUAGGAAACCAGUGUCUAAAAACACUGAUUACUACAAGAACAUAUUUAUUCUCUCUAAGCAAAAAGAUGCUGGUAAAACACUCAUGGUUGAAGAUGAUCACUGGUUGAAUCUGAUUGAUGAAGAAGAGGAAGUGGAGGCUCAUGCCUACAUUUGCUUGAUGGUCAAAGAGGAUACUGAUUUGAUGGAAGAUGAAGAUACCAAAUUAUCUAUGAAGUAUUUGAAUCCUCUUAUCUUGAGCAGAUGCAAAGGAUGA